AUGAUCGAUCAACCGGAAGCAAGGACCCGGAUUGAGAGAGCCAAGGUGGACAUCAACUCGAAUGAAUUUGCCAAGAAAGUCGCCAAGAAGCUCUUCUAUAGUCUUGCGCACCCUCACGGCAUUCCACCUGGAGAGGCAGACUCGAAGCGUUCGCUUUAUGUUCGAGACUUUGUACCGUAUUUCAAGACACCAGAAGAAGCCGAGAAGGCAUUUGGUGUAUUUGACAAGGACGGCAACGGCAAUCUGACCCGCCGUGAGUUCCGCGACACUGUGCUGGAGAUCUACCGUGAGCGCAAGGCACUCUCGCAAUCGAUUCGUGAUACUAGUCAAGCACUGGGUAAAGUGGACGCAAUGCUAUUUAUUGUCAGCUCAAUUGCCACCAUCUUUGUCUGUCUUGCGGUCUUUCAAGUUGACAUUUGGCAGUCUUUGGUUCCCCUGGGCUCUUUCUUGCUUGCACUCACGUUUGUGUUUGGCAAUACUUGCAAAACCAUCUUUGAAAGUGUGCUUUUUUUGUUUGUGACCCACCCGUACGAUGCAGGCGAUUAUGUAAUAAUUGACACACAGAUAUUGCUGGUGCAUAACAUGGGAUUGAUGGGAACUGUUUUUAUCCGAGCUGACGGACAGAAAAUCUACGCACCCACGACUGUUCUGAUGACCAAACUGAUUACAAAUGUGCGCCGUUCUGGAGACAUGGGGGAGUCCAUAGUGAUCAAUAUCGACUUUAGGACCAAGACAGAGGAUGUCCACCAGCUCAGAGACCGGAUCACUGGCUGGGUCAAUGAGCAGACCCGAGAUUUCUCUCACGGAUUUGAUUUGCGUGUGGUUGAUAUCAUUGAUGUGAACCAGUUGAUCAUUUCAAUGUGGCUACCUCACAAAGGCAAUUGGCAGGAUCUUGGAAAGCGCUGGCAACGACACACUCGGUUUGUGAUGGCUCUCAAGGACAUCCUGUCCGAGCUCAAUAUCGUUUAUGAACUGCCAUCCCAGAAAAUCAGACACUCUCACGAUUCUAGUCCAUUUGACGCACAGUCUUUUCCGGCAAUGGUUACCCCUCAAUCGUUUGCUGCAGACACUCAACCUGCACAAUCCCGCCUUUAUACGCAGUCUAGCCUCUCUGUAUAA